GUCUGCGUCGCGACGCCGGGCCGAGAGCACGCCACUUCGGGACGAGCCGCGACGCCGCCGCCGCGCCGCGAGGGCCGAGAGAGCGCGUAGCCGAGGACGCGAGCUGCAGUCCGCGCGCGCCACGCCGCGCCACGCCACGCCGCGCCGCGCCACGCCACGCCGCGCCGCGCCACGCCACGCCGCGCCACGCCGCGAGUGCGCGAGAGCCAUGUGAACCCUACUCGCUUUUGGAUUACGGUGCCGAUGUGUGGGUCGACUGUGCGGGCGGGAGGGUGAUUGCGCCCGCGUGUCGCUCGCCAGUGUGUUUCGCGUGUGAGUGCACCACCAGCAUGCGCCUGCUGACAUGGCCGCCGUCCUCGCCGUCAUGAAGGCCUGCAUCCUGGCCCUCACGCUGCUGCUGCUGGCGGGCCUUGCCGCGCCGGCCGCCCGCGCCGCACUGCCUCAAAGUGCGGCGGCAGCGGUGGUCGCCUCCGACCCGGCGCAGGUCCUCACCGCCGCCACCGCCACGCCCGCGCCGGCCGCCCUGGACGAGCCCGGCACCACGGCGCCGCCGCCCGACUUCAUGCAGCCCAUCGAGAACGUGACGGUGGCCGUGGGCAGGGAGGCCAUCCUGUCGUGCUCCGUCACCGAGCUGGGCUCCUUCACGGUGGGGUGGAUGAAGGUGUCGGACCAGACCAUCCUGGCGCUGGCCAACAGGGUGGUGACGCACAACGCGCGCGUGUCCGUGUCGCACGACACGCAGCGCACAUGGCAGCUGCACAUCCGCCAGGUGAAGGUGUCCGAUGCUGGCUGCUACAUGUGCCAGAUCAACACGCCGCAGAUGAAGAAGCAGACCGGCUGCGUGGACGUGCACGUUCCCCCGGACAUCUCCGACGGCGGCACCAGCUCCGACGUGACGGCGACGGAGAAUGAGAACGCGACGCUGACGUGCCAGGCGACGGGCCACCCGGAGCCGAGGAUCACGUGGAGGCGAGAGAACGGCGCCCAGCUGGCCGUCUGGCGGGGCGGCAAGCUGGCGAGAGUCGACAACUACAGUUCGGAGACCUUGCCGCUCGUGCGGAUCACUCGGCAGCAGAUGGGCGCCUACCUCUGCAUCGCAUCCAACGAGGUGCCGCCCGCCGUGUCAAAGCGCAUCAGCCUCAACGUCAAUUUUGCACCCACCAUUCACGCGCCCAGCCAACUGCUCGGCGCGCCUGUGGGCACAGACGUGACGCUCGAGUGCAAAGUGGAGGCCUACCCCAACACGAUGAACUACUGGGAGGACCACAAGUCCACCAUCCUGCUCAACGGAUCCAAGCACGCGGUCAGCGAGAGGCGCGAGAGCUACCACGUGCACAUGUACCUCACGGUGCUCAACCUGACGCUGCGCGACUACGGCGUCUACCGGUGCAUAUCAAAGAACAGCCUCGGCGCGGCGGACAGCACCGUCAGGAUUUACGAACUAAAAGUGUCGACGCUACCGCCGACCACGACGACGACCACUACGACCACCACGACAACAACAACGACCACGACCCCGAGGCCGAGGACCACAACAACUCACCGCCCGAGGACGACUCCGGGCACCAACAACUGGCCUCCCCUUCGAUCCACUCCGCCCCAGGAGAACAUGAUGCGCUCGUCCAACGACCUGGACAACACGAUCCGCUCCGGGGCGAGCCAGCGGUCGGGCGCGCGCUCGGCCGGCGCGGACCAGCGGCGCAGCGUGCUGCUCGAGGUGGUGUUCGACUUCCUGCUCGUGCUCGUGCUCUUCCUCGUCCGGUGACGAGGGGGGUAACUCUCCACUGCGCGCCGCCGCCGCCCCGCCGCGCCACGCCGCGCCAGAGCGCGCUGUCUGGCCUCCGGGGCGCCGUCAUCUCUCAAGCAAAGACUUAGUGCUGAUAUCGGACGUAUAUCGAGUGCGGAAAUGUUUUCCUUCACCCGUCUCCUCGCCCGCGGGGGGCUAUCUCCCUGCCCAUCCAUCGACUUUUGUGGUAUAGUGAGUGUGUGUUGACGUGAGUCUCUGUGUGUGUGAUACGAACAGGGAUUUUAACAGGGCGUGGCGAUGGCUGCACUUGUAUUGAUAGAGUGGCGUGUCUUAUUCAAAAAGAGUGAUGGCAUUUAUCGUUGUUCAAUUAGAGCGAUGUUUCGUUUUUAAGUUAUGAAUAUGGGACAUCGCUUAGUAGCGACGUGCGUGCGCCAUUCAAGUGAAGCAAUGUUCCAAAAUUAUCACCCAAAUAGAGGGACGGAAGCAAGCUACCUUCACUUGAAAAUACGAAAUUGGAAGCAUUAUUGCGUCGUUCUACCAACCAAGAGCGACGCGCGUGAGGCAUUGGUGUUUUCGCUACUUGCGGCGGAGGUGUGAACACUAACCUGCUUGCAACUUGCAACAGUGUUAAUAAAGGCUGUGUUUUUUUAAAACCUGUAACAGGAUUAAAGAAAGGACCUUUCUUCCAUCCGCUUCAAUAUAAAUUUCUUUUCUAGCACCUCUUUAUAUUUCCACCUUUGUGUAUGGGCUCCUCGGCACGUAGAUUAGGGCUGCAAACACUGAGCGGGAAAGGGGGUGGAGACGGUAGCGGUAAAAUGGCUAGGUGGGAUGGUGGGGCAAGAGGUCAGCCCUCCGGGGACCGUUUGUUUCUUGAGCUUCAGCUGUAAUGCAGCAACAGCGUAUAGUAGUGCAGCCCCUCCCACUCGCAUUUUUGCUCACCAUCGCCCCUACAUUCGCCACGAUCAUCGCCUCUGCACACGUUCGGGCGCAUCCUUCCUGUUACAGGCUCGAGCCGAUGACUAUUUUUCAUUUACCGAAUGACAUAACACGCGGUGAAGCCAUUCGUUGUGGUCGCAUUUCGUUUCUUUGUGGCUCCUCACUCGUGAAACAAACUGCUGCACUUAAGCCGAGUGUGCUCGCUCGACCACGCCCUGCCACCUUAGAAUGCGGGCAGCCCAACUACGAGAGUGUAAAUGUGUGAACGUGCGGAAGUGUAUGUGUGUGUGUGAGAGAGAGGCAGGAAGGGGGAAGGAGGGAGGGGUAGAGAGAGAGAAGGAUAAUGCUUGGGGGACGGCAUGUUUUGGAGAGUGUUGUACUUUGAGUGACCACCAGUGACCACCUUACUGAAUUUGAUUAGUGGCCCGUAGUGUGUCUCUCGCAGCGAAUGUAUGAUUGACAACCGUUUGUGGUUUUUGGUCUGCCAUAAUUUAGCGAAACUACAGUUUGCGUUCGCCGGUUUUUUUGUAAUUCCUGGACAUCAGACUGAAGUUGAACUGAAAUUUGAAAUGCAUUGAUCAUGUUAGACACCAUAAAUGUCCACAAUGGCUUGGCAUGUUUAACUGGACUGAAACAUUAUACUUGUUAUUUCGAAAGUGUAAUUGGUAUCUGUACAGAUCGACGUCUGUUUACUGACGUUUCAUGCCUGAUUCUAGUCUCUGAUAUGUGACGAAAAGUUUUAGUUCCUUGUUCUAAGUUGAAACGAUAACGUGAACAGGAGUGAAUAAGCCUAUAGAUUUGGCUCGUGAACCAAUGACGUAAACGUUUUCUAGUUCUUAAGCGAGGUGUGUUGCAAGAAAGAAGAUCGGACCACAUAUCGAAUGGAGUUGACAUAUCCAGCUCACAUUGCAAUACGCAUUGAACGCGUAAAAUUUGUAUGCUAAAAAUCAAUUAUUACUGUACAUAUUGUGUAAAUAAGCUAAAAAUAUUCAUGGUGAUAUUAUGUCGCGUACUGUCGUACUGAAAUUAUGGAUGUAUCUAUGCUAGAAAGCGUUUUAUUUUAAACCAUUCCAAAUACGUUGUAUUUUUUUCCUGGUGAAAUGUUUUUGUGUCAUUUUCCAUCUGUCUAAAUGUGUACAUAUUACGGUAAAGUAAUGUUAUAUUUUGCAAAUUUGUUGAAUUACUGCUUUGUAUCCAGUUAAUGAGAGUAGCAGUAAGAUGUUGCCCACUCGCCGUCGAAAACGGUAAAAUUUUACUGAAAAAAUUAAACAAAACUUAAACAGUAUUUAUACUCUGCAAACUCGGAGCAAAAGCAGUUAGUUGAUCCAACUUGCACUCAUGUUUAUUUGGACUCAACUUUAAUUCUCACUAAUGUGAAUUACUGUGUUCUUUCAAAUUUUGCGAUAGUGCAUCUGUUGGAGUUUCGCGAAUAUAGCCUUCGGAAAGCCAAAAAUACUCUUAAAAUGGGAACUUGUUUUGUCAAACCAAAUCUAUAUACUGUUCGUUACCUCUGCGACAUUUUCACAGCUUCAACAAAUUAUGUUCAAAAUUGUACGCUGCAAUACAGCUGCCUUUCCGUUCACAUAAUGUGUUAAAUGAUACCUGUUUCCAAACCAAAUCAUGUAUAAUUUGGAUAACCUAACUGUUUUUUUUAAGUGCGUUACUAUUAUUAAGUGUAAGUCUUCGUGGACUUGGCGUUGAUGUUUCUUUCCUUGUUUGUUAUGUGUAUGUUUUGUUGAAUGGCGCCAUGUUCCCCUGCUCAAAGUGCGGUUUUAUCAGAAGAAAUGACGUAUUAAAGAACUAGAAUAACA